GAGUUUCUUUGGGGCUGUGGCACAUCCGCCAGUUGCAAAUCCUCAAACGCAACACAAUAGUCAGACCCACAAUUAUGCCCCUAACAAUAACAGUAGGAAAAGCCAACGCUGAAUACCCAUAAGUUCAAUUGCGAAAUGAGUCGACGCCCAUUCAGACCUUUGCCAUUGUUGCCAGCCGCAGUCAGUUGCAGGCAAUGCAAAAAAAAAACGGCGACGACUGCAAUUGCAUAAAAGUAUGAAAAAUGAAAAUUCUCACAACUUCCAAAACAAAUCAACAACUCGUUCAGCAGUCUGAACGACUAGAAAAUGCCCUUAAAUCAGGUCUAAGCUGUACACGAACACAUAAACAUAAAUAUUUCUACUGCUUAUUAAUGGUAAAGUUGAAAUAGAAUAUGCUUUUCCUUGCUAUAAAAGCUUCGUUUGAUCCUUUUUAUAAGAUGUAUGGGUAUAUAUUAUAUAGCUUAUGUAUAUGGAUUGGGUAUAAAGUUUACAAAGAAACUUCGCUAGCUAAAAGUGCGUUUCUACUAGACGCAGUUAAUUGUGGGAAGUGUUGCCUGAAAUGGACACAGGUUUAAGCGAUUCAAUGAUUGGGCAAUGUCCUCUGUUAACUUAGUUUUGGAGCUGUUAAUUCGUCAUGCAUGCCAUUAAUUGGAGUAGGCUUUGCCAUUGGAAUGAGCUGUCAAAUAUGAGCCUCUGUGCGCUCAUUUCGUGUUGACAGCUCAAACUGUUCAAAACUUCAAGGCAAAUAAAUUAAGCUAUUUUGUAAAAGUGAGAAGAAAAAAAGAAGCGGAGCUAGCAUGUUAACCGCCGGCAAGAUUCGCAGUGGCAAGAAGCCAGCCAGCCCGAGUGGAGCUAAUAGGAGCCAGAACAACGAGCACACUCGUCCAUCAGCUCUGAAUAUGAAUCUGCAGCAGAGAAAGCAGAAUAACAAUGGAAAUACUGUAAGAAAUGUGGCAGUGCCGUCUCUGCCGCCAAUCGUUGAGGUGCCCGAAGUUCUAUGGAGUCGCAACCAAAAGCAAAUCAGAAACAAUUCGGUGCCGCUGUCAAAAUGCAAGCAACCGCAACAGCAGCCACGUCGCCAGGACCAGAGUCAACCACAGCCACAACAACAACAACAGCAACAACAACAAAAUAUUAAAAAUGAAACCAAGAAACGGCGUCAGAAAGGACCAUUGCCGGGCGCCGCAAAUCAGUGGUACGCGCUCAGCAAUCGUGUCCAUAAGCACGGCACCACCAUUGAGAUGAUGUACACUGGCCUAACCGUGCCACAGCCCAGGGAACUGGUCGAUGUGCGUGCCAUACCGGGAGUCACGCACGUGACCAUGGAAUUGCCGGCAGGCGUGUUGCCCAAUAUCAGAAAUAGUACUCCAGACAUGCCGUCCCUGAUGAAUGCCAUGGACUUCUUUAGAUUUCCUGAGCAUCAUCUACCCGCUCCCGGCAUGGGGCCCAGCACAACCAUUCAGGUCAUACCCAAGGACAACAACAACAACGUUAACCCAAACAACAUGGAUAGCAUCGAGGUGGUUCCGUUGAGCUGUGCUCGGGCUGCACCCUUGAAGCGCAGCUCAUUGAAUGUGGCCUUUCAGAGCUACAGCUUGAUGCAGCUAGAAGUCGAUGAGGGCCAGUCCCAGGAGCCGGGCAGAUUGGUCAUGGAUGCGGAAAUAUCGCCAACGUAUAUGCUAACCACACAUCAGCAGCUGCGCCUGCAGGCGGCCAUCAUGCAGGAAAAUGUGCCGCUGGCCGAUGCUCUGCUGCCCAUCGUGGAGGAUUUGUAUGAGGAGCACGAAAAGCUACAUAAUGCCGGGCUUCGUCUCGUGCCAGCCCCCAUACCGCUGCCUUAUGGCACCAUGAGAUUUCACUACAUUGAUCCGCCACUUUUCGGCAGCCCCAAGUCUGUGCCCAUGUCGAUGCCAUGCGCUCCGCCGUAUAUUGUCGAGGUGCCCCGUGGGCAGACAGUGCGCAAAAAGCGCAACCCGAUAAAACAAGCAAAAGCUAACAACUACAUCGAUGUCGGUUCAACAAUAAUGGCACUUGAUCAAAAUGGAAAUUAUCAGCCGAUGGUGUUUUCCGAGUGGAAUAAACUGAAGAAGGGCCAACAGCCAUUAGAAACAAGUGAACUCUAGGGAUAAUGUUAAUGUCAUAUGAACAUCGACAACAGCCUUUAUAAGAAUUGACAGAUCGUCAUCAAAGAAAGAAUUGCAAUAAGCCUGGUAUCCAAAUGCAACUGAAACCAAAAGAACAUCCAAUAAAAAGAACGAAUUUAAAAAAAUUAAAACUAAUAAUAAAAAAUAAUAAUUAUCUACAAUAUUACCAAUAAAAUAAGGACCAACAUGAACACUUAACAAAACGAGCUCCAGCUGCAAAUAAUUCUAAAAAGAAACACUAAAUAUUAAAUAUAUUUUGAAAAAAAUAAUUGAAAAAAAUAAAAACAAUUAGCUCCAUUAAAGAGAUAUGACAAAAUCCACCUUCAUUAAAUAAAUAUAUUAAAAAUAAUAAAAUAAGGACCAACAUUUACAUUUACUCUUUACAAAAGGAACAUCGGUUGUAAAUUUAUCACAAAAAUGAACAUAUAAUAAAAGUAGAAUAUUUAAAAAUCUAACAGAUUUGGCAGAUCACACAAUAUAUUAUUGAAUAUAUAUAGAUCAGCACCAAAAUGAGCCCCAUACAAAACGAACGAGUUGCAAAUGAACAUAAAAUAGAAAAUAUUUGGCUCCGGCAAAAAGAUAUAUUAAUGAGAAAAUAUAGAUCAAAAAGAAAUUCUUCUAAAUCGAUGAAAUGAACACAAAUGAAAUGAAUAAAUUCUGAGAUAAAUAUUAACAAAACACAUAAAUUAACACAAAAUUAGUCAAUUAAUUAAAAUAAAAGUCGGUACUCGAAUAAAGUAUCUCCCGUAAUUUGUGGAGCAUCUAUAUAAAAGGUGCUUUAAACAAACACGGGAAAUGAACCACGAUUCAACAUUAAUUGCUUAAUUAUUGCAGUCACCUGUCGCAGUCAUAUUUUGUUCCUUUAAUUGAAAAACAUUUUCAGAUAUAACCAAAUAAUUUCACUUUCGCGAAUAAUAAAGAAAAGUGCCAACACAAAGCAUAUAAAAAAGUGAAAGAAGUACGUACCAAACAAAAACUACAGCUCGCAAAUCUAUUGUCAGUAUCAUUUGUUUGGCGCAAAAUUUCGUUUUCUAAUGUUACCAAAUAUUACGAACACAACGCGCAGACAGACAAAACGAAUUUCUGGCACAAAUGCUGACGAAUACCUGGCAAUACAAAAAAUCGCUCAAAGAAAGCCAAGUAUUGCCGUUGCCAGGGGGGACGACAAUGGAAAUAUUGGUCGAAAAUACAAUUCUUGCAUGCGCAAUUUAUGUCUCUCAUAUCUUAACCAAUCUCAGUCCAAUUACGCUUGUAACAACUACAACAACUACAAAGAAAACUAGCAAAUUGAGGAAAAUUGUAUAAUUGUUUUGUAAGAGAAUUUACAAUAUAUCGUAUAUAUUCUUCUUGAUCAGGGCGACAAGCUAAGUCCAUCUCGCCAUAUUCGUCCAUUCGAAAACCUUACGUGCAAGAGGCAUAAAAUACACAUAUUUUAAUUAAUUUUUUUGGAUAUAUUCUUUCAUUUUCAUAAUAUUGAUGAAUAUCGAUUGUGAUAAAUUGCUUGGUUCGUAUCAUAUUGGAUGAUAUUGCAUAAUAUUGGAGAUUAGAAGAGUUGGAUAUAGAGAUCCGGAACAUUACCUUUCUUUAUUUGUUCUCUUUUGCCCAUCACGGCAAUGAUUUUCCGGCGCAUAAGUGUUUGCUGUUAUUUACGAAUGCUUUCGUCUCGGGAAGAUGUUGGAAUCUUUCAUAAGGCAGCUCAAAACUAAGUACAUGGUAUCUGGUUAUCGGAAACUUUUAACUAAA